AAAGUACGGUAACGAUUAUCUCCGAUCUCUGCUUCAGAAAACUUUCGGAAACACCAAACUAAAUCAGACCAUCACUAACCUUGUAGUACCAACAUACGACCUUGAGCGCGAGUGUGGCACUGUAUUUUCCAGUUUUGAGAAAAAUUCCCUACUUAAUGCUUUUCUGUCUGACAUCUGCAUCUCGGCCUCCUCAAUUACCUUCCCAUCGCUUCCAGACUCACCAUCAGGGGAAGACGGAAGAGUUCGAUCUCGUUGAUACUGGAACUUGUGCAAAUAGUCUGGCCGUGCUGGGGACAUUCGAGAGGCUCAAGGGUUUCCGAUCAGUAGUGCAUAGGAGAAAAUUUCUGAUGAUAUCUCUCGGAAGUGGAUUCCCCAAACAGCAACACGGCCUGAGAAUACCCUGCUCCUCCACUCAAGAUAUUGAAGAUAUGUUUUGUCAUCCUUCACAAAAUGGGGAUGUAAAUCUGGGCAUCCUUUUUCGAGGUACUGAAUCCGAAGCCUACUAUCUUCGUAUUCACGAAGAAGUGCCCAGUGAAAUCCUAGCAUCAGCAUCGGUAGACAUGGCCACUACCAAGAAUCUUAAGCGACUCGUAAAAUUCGGCGAACAGUUGUUGGACAAGCCUGUCUCCAAGGAGGGGAUAUUUUAUAUGAAGGAUGCAGUGCACAAGGGUUACCCCUCUGAAACCAAUCGCCAAGCUUUGGUCAGGUUCGCCAAAUUGCUCUCACACAACAAAAGGUCUUCUUCUACCAACAACACCACAACUUGAUUCUUAUUUUCUCAACUCUCAAUGCCUAUCCAUUCUAUACUUACCCGUUGCUAAUUAAACAAACAACUAUUUUCCUUCUUCAUAUACAUAUAUAUACAACAUUAAUCUUAAUUCAGUAGC